UCGUUUCUUCAAAAGUCACCUCCUUGUUUGUCUGACUGACUCUCUCUGCCUGUCUCUCCUCAGACCGACGAUGGCUGAAGCCCAGCUGUUUGUAUCACAGGACGAGUUCACCUGCUCUAUCUGUCUGGACACCCUGAGUGACCCCGUGUCACUGCAUUGUGGUCACAGUUUCUGUCUGAAGUGCCUGACGGACUGCUGGGAUCAGAAGGAAGAGUGCAGCUGUCCUCAGUGCAGAGAAACCUUCACCACGAGGCCCGCUCUGCAAAGAAACACUCUGCUGAAUGAAGUCAUCAAGAAAUUAAAGAAGACAGAAAUCAGUCCUCCUUCUCCAUCUGAAAAUUAUGCCGGCCCUGGAGAUGUGGAGUGUGACUUCUGUAUUGGGAAGAAGUUCCGAGCGGUGAAUUCAUGUCUAAUGUGCAUGGCCUCCUUCUGUCAAACUCACCUGCAGCCUCACUAUGAAGGACUUGCCUGGAAGCAUCACAAGCUGAUCGAUCCUGAUGGAAAUCUAAAGGAGAAACUCUGUGCAAAACAUCAGAAAAGUCUGGAAAUAUUUUGCAAAACUGAUGAUUCGUGUAUCUGCAUGAUGUGUGUGGUGACUGGACAUAAAAGUCAUGAAAUGGUGGAGCUGGAGAUGGAAAGAGAAGUAAAAGAGAAACAGCUGGGGGCGACACUGAGUGACAUCAGGAGGAAACUUGAGGACAGAGAAGAGAAACUGAAGGAGACGAGGAGGGCGAUGGAACAGAUGAAGAUCUCUGUGGAAAAAGAAGUGGAAGAACACGAGAAGAGCUUCAAUGAUCUGAUUCACUGCAUUGAAGAAAACCACAGGAGAUUGAUUGAGAGGAUCAGGGAACAAGAGAAGAAAGAAAAGGAGAAGGCUGAAGGAGUCAUGGAGCGCCUGGAGGAGGAGAUUGAAGAGCUGAAGAGGAAAGACUCUGAGCUGAAGGAGCUUUCAGAGACCAAGGACAACAUUCACUUCUUGCAGACUUUCUCAUCCCGCUGUGUUCUUCCUGCUGAUGGAGACUUGCUCAGCUUCACUGUCACUGCCAACUUCUCUUCUGAGCACCUGAGAAAGGAGCUGUCCUGUCUGAAAAAGAAUCUGGAGAAGAUCUGCCGGUGGGACAUCAUGACAUGGACUCCAUCAGGUACUGAAGCUCCAAUUUUCACCCUACAGCCUCCUGAACCUCGGAGCAGAGAGGAGUUUUUACGAUACUUCUGUCCACUCACAAUGGACAUCAACACGGCACACAGAAACCUCCGUCUGUCUGAAGGGAACAAGAAGGUGACAUGUAAAGAGACAGAGGCCAGAUAUCCUCAUCAUCCUGACAGAUUUGACCACUGGGCUCAAGUUCUGUGCAGAGAGGCUCUGACUGGGAUUCGCUGUUACUGGGAGGUGGAGUGCACUGGAGACUUCAGGGUGAUUGGAGUCGCAUAUAAAGGAAUGAGCAGGAAAGGAGAGGGUGUGGCGUGCAGCCUUGGAGACAACGACAAGUCCUGGAGUUUGUGGUGGUCUCAUUCCAAGUACUCUGUGCGUCACAAUAAUAAAGAGAUUGUCAUCAGCGCUCCCUACAGCCCCAGAAUAGGUGUAUAUCUGGACUGGCCUGCUGGCUGUCUGUCGUUUUAUAGCAUCUCACACAGAGUGACCCUCAUGUACAGGUUCAGCACCUCCUUCACUGAGCCCCUGUAUCCAGGGUUUGGGGUUUGGUUAAACUCCAGUGUAACAAUCUGCCAUCUGACACCAGGUGACCAAUGAUCAGUACCCUCCACCAGUCACGUGCUGUUCCCACAAUCGCAGGUCCUCCUUGUGUUUGUAGUUUGGGGUCAAAAUGAAUUUUACAGGAUGGGUGGGUGGGCAGCAGCUUUUUGAGUGAAUUUGGGGAUGAGAAUGCAGGGCAUGUGUGGCUGUUAGGGUCUCCAUUAUUAUGGAGUAUCAGAGUUGAGGGGCAGAGACGCUUCAGAGUACAAAUGCCAAUCUGACCAGCAGGGGUCACUGUUGAUUCACAACCACAUGUCUUUCAGGUUGACACCCAAAUAACUGCUGUGGACCCUGAGUGUAAUUGAAUGUUUAUGCUAGGACAAGCAUGUGGUCCUUAUGGAGGAGCACUACUGACAGGCUACCAAGUACUCUUGAAUAGUGACUAUAUGUAGGAGUGACAGAUGUGACUUGACUGUUGUCCUCUCACUAAAUAUUUUGGUCACUGAAGGGGUCUAUCACUUCUAAAUUAAUUUUCUGUGAAUGUCUUUAGACGAGAACUCACCAGUCAGUCAAAAGUCGGCCAUACUGACAGAGUUUUGGUGUUUUACUGAGUCACUUGAUCUCACAUUGGACAUUAAACUGCACCUCCUCCUUCUUGUUCCCUGAUUUGUCACCACUGGUAGCCUGGAAAGUCUGACAACCUCAAAAAAUGAAUUCUUGGUCAUUUGACACACAUUUGACAUGGGUGCAAGUGUGUGUGCGCCUUGCAGUGGACUGGAGCCUCAUCCUGGGUUGGGCCCUGCCUUGUCCACAAACCUGAAAUGUAAAAGCGGUUAAGAAAGACAAUGAACAGACAGAUGUCACUGAUUGCUCAGUAGCCAAACUACUGCCUCUUGUGGCCACUCUAUAUUUUAAACAUCAAUUUAAACAAAAAGGAAACCUAAAAUAUCAAAGUAGAAAGCAUUCAUGAAAUCUUGAGCACUCAAACAUGAAAACAGAGAAUGAGAAACAAUCAGACAGACGAAUGGAGACUUUAACAGGAGGACUGAGGGGAUGGACACUCGCUAUAUUACACACAUGUGAAGGAUCAACAGUAAAGGUGGGCAAAAACGUAUACAGUGCGUUAUAAAAGAAAUAAGAAUAACACACCUGAAACAAAGCACUUUAAAUAUUAUACCUAAAACUAAUUACCGUAUAUACUCGCGUAUAAGUUCUCCCGCGGAUAAGUCAGGACUUGAUUUUAACUUAUAAUUUCUGGUAUUUUAUAAUGUCGGUCGUAUAAGUCGAAUGCAGAAAACUUGCGCUAUUGAUCCAAGAGAUUAUGAAAUGCGUAUGGCCACCUGAGAAAGUAACCACGGAGCGCACGGCCUUUCUGUUUUCUUUGUGGAUGCGGCAAUGCGCUGUAUCACCGUGUGCUCCUAACUUCUCUCUCUCUCACUCUCUUUCUAUUGUGCCUACGUGACCACACGGUAAUACCUGAACUAUUCUGAAGCAAUGUUUGCACUGUUUUGUGUUUUUUGUAUCUCACCCCCUCAUACACCUUUAUCGUAAGAGCAUCCCUUAUCUACGAUGGAGCAUUCGAUCAUAAGAAAAUGUGAAGCUGGUUUUAAAUUAAAUAUUGUUGAAGUAGCAAAAGAAAUUGGUAACUGCGCUGCUGUAACAAAAUUCGAUGUGUCUGAGAAACUGAUGUGGGAUUGGAGGAGGCAAGAAGAUGUAAAAAAAAAAUGUAAGUGUUGCAUUUUUGAACGGGCGUAUAAGUCGGGGUCUGAGUUUAUGAUUGAUUUUUUGGGUUUCAAGACCCGACUCAUAUGUGAGUAUAUACGGUAGGUUUUAACUAAAUGAUGAGCAGAAAGGGUGACAAAGUCAAACAGUCACAUGACUUUCAGAGGAGACAGGUGAGCGGAUUCUUCUGUAGCUACACGGUCCCCUCUAGUGUCUACUCUCAAUAUGACAUGUAUGGCAAAGCUUGGGAGGAAAGAUUUUGGUUUGUGGCAUCAAUAUUUUGUGCAAAAUGUAUUAGUAUUGUCACUACCUUUAAGGACAAUGAGGCUUUAUUAGGUUUUUCAAGAUUCCAUAGGGGAAAAGAACAUUUAUUUCAAUUCUUUUUUUUAAAAUAAAAGUUAUGUAUUCAUAAAAUACAAUAUGGUUUGUAAAAUAAACUCGUAAUAGCAUUUGGAGAUAAAACAAUAAGGACCAAUAUUUGUCAAAUCUGUUCAUUUGUGAUCUUCUGCUUUUUAAACACCUCUGGUCAUGUCUCAUGUGUUGUGCUGUAUGUUCUAAAGAUAUAACACUCUGUAUUGGUGAUUCGUUUCUUAAUUUGAUGGAAAAGUCAAAAUAUGCU